AUGGCGCGCGCGCACGAAUCCGAGUCCGCGACGACGUCCGCGCUGUCGCCGACGCGAUACGCGCACGAGGAGCGCGUGUUGCGCACGCCGCACGACGUCGAGGCGUGGUGCGACUACCUCGACGCGAUCGACGCUGGCGACGAAAAUGACGACGACGACGACGCGUCGCGCGCGAUCGAUCGGUACAUGAUAUACGAACGGGCGAUAAAACAUAACGCACACUCGUAUAAACUGUGGUACCGGUACCUCACCGAGCGCGCGCGACGCGAUCGAGGCGCGCGAUUCGACGACGCCGCGCGAGCGAAGACGCGCGCGUGCUUCGAACGCGCGCUGACGACGAUGCAUAAAAUGCCGAAGAUAUGGAUAAUGGCGAUAGAAUACGUGAGAGAUGCGUGCGCGUUGAUCACGGAGACGCGAAGGAUGUGCGAUCGCGCGCUGCGGGCGUUACCGGUGACGCAACACGAACGCGUGUGGGCGCCGUACGUGGAGUUUAUUCGGCGAGACUUUGUGCCGAUUUCGACGGCGCGGCGAGUGUACAGGCGGUAUUUGAAAUUCGAGCCAGGGCACGCGGAGGAGUACGUCGAGUUUUUGCGUAAAAAGCAGUGCCACGGCGAGGUGGCGAGUAAACUCGCCGAACUCGUCAACGACGACAGCUUCCAGUCGCUCGCCGGUAAGUCCAAGCACGCGUUGUGGCUCGAACUGUGCGACGUCGUCACCAAGCACCCGCCCUCGUCGGACGCCGCGGACGAGACCGAUCGCGCGCUGGACGUCGACGCCAUCUUGCGCGGGGGAAUUCGAACGUUCACAAACGAGGUCGGGAGGUUGUGGACGGCGCUCGCGGAUUAUUACAUUCGCCGCGGCUUGUUUGAAGCCGCGCGAGACGUGUACGAGGAGGGCGUCGAGAGCGUCUCCACCGUGCGCGACUUUUCGUUGAUUUUCGAUGCGUACGCGCAGUUCGAAGAGUCCGUCAUCAGCGCGAAGAUGGAAGCCGGCGAGGACGAAGACGAAGACGAGGACGCGGACGACUCCGUGGAGCUUUUGCUCGCGCGAUUAGAACACCUCAUGGAACGGCGACCGGAAUUGCUUUCGUCGGUAAUGCUGAGACAAAACCCGCACAACGUGCACGAGUGGGAAAAGCGCGUGGCGCUGUUCGAAGGACAACCGACGAAGCAAAUCUUGACGUACACGGAAGCCGUCAAAACGGUGAAACCGGAGCUCGCCAACGGACGCGUCGCGUCGCUUUGGGUCGGAUUCGCAAAGUUUUACGAAGACCACGGAGACUUGGAGAGCGCGCAGACGGUGUUUGAGAAAGCCGUGGGCGCCGAACGCGCGGCGACGUUCAAGACGGCGGACGAUUUAGCGACGUGUUGGUGCGAGUACGCAGAGAUGCAUUUGCGGCACAAAAAUUACGACGAGGCGUUGGCGGUGAUGCGUCGAGCGACGACACCGCGCGAAGGCUUCCGCGAACCUCGCACGGCGGCGGAAUACGACGCGCUGCCGGCGCGAGACAAGGUUUUCAAAUCGCUCAAGAUGUGGACGUUGCGCGUCGACUUGGAAGAAUCCUUGGGCGACUUGAAGUCGACCAAGGCGGUGUACGACGAGAUGAUUUCGAUCAAGGUGGCGACGCCGCAGAUACUGUUGAACUACACGCACUUGCUCCAAGAGCACAAUUUCUUUGAAGACGCGUUUCAAGUCUUCGAGCGCGGGGUGAAUAGUUUCAAAUUUCCGUACUCGCGCGAGCUGUGGGCGGCGUAUCUCACGCUCUUCGUCGCGCGUUUCAAGGGCUCGAAACUCGAGCGCGCGCGAGACUUGUUCGAGCAAGUGAUUGAAGAAGCCCCGGCGAAGGAGUCGAAGCAAUUUUUCUUGGCGUACGCCAAACUCGAAGAGGAUUACGGCCUCGCCAAGCGGGCGAUGGACGUGUACGAGCGCGCCGUCAAGCGCGUGCCCGUGGACGAGAGACUGGGGGUGUACGACGUCUACGUGGCCAAGGCGAUGGAAUUUUUCGGCGUCGCCAAGGUGCGCGACGUCUUCACGCGCGCCGCGGACGACGGCGAGCUGUCGAACGACGUGAGCAAGACGUUGACGACUAGGUUUGCGGAGUUUGAGCGCAAACUCGGCGAGAUCGAUCGCGCGCGCGCCCUGUACGCGCACGCGUCGCAGUUUAGCGAUCCCACAAAGGAUGCAGAUUUCUGGUCGACGUGGCACGAAUUUGAGGUUCGUCACGGCAACGAAGAGACGUUUCGAGAAAUGCUUCGAAUCAAGCGCGCCGUCGCCGCGAGCUUUUCCGACACCCACUUCAACGUCUCCGUCGUCGCGCCGGACGUCGACGCGGCGAAGAAGACGACGGAUUCGGGCGACGCCAUGGCGCGACUCGACGCCGCCCACGAGGCGCACGCGGCGGAGAACGCGGCUUCCAUGCCCGGCUUCGUGCGUUCGCACGUCGAAGGCGCGUCGCCGCCCGCCGCCGCCGUCGCUGUCGACGCGGGCGACGACGCCGAGAUCGAUUUGGACGCCCUGGAAGCGCCCGCCGGCGUGUUCUCCGGCGUCAAGCGCGACGCCGCCGCCGCCGGUCUCGGCGCCAUGGCGCGAUUUAAGAGCGCGCGCGCGAACGAUGACGAGUAG